AAAUAAGGUGAAAGCAGAGACAGCGCUCAAGUCCGCACAGCUGAUAGAGACGGGGAGAGAGAGAGAGAGAGAGAGGGAGAGAGAGAGAGAGAGAGAGGGCCAAAAAAAGAGAGGGAGCCACUGAAAAGAAGAAACGCAGCGCUCGGAGCACUCACACUCGAACAAGCGAGUCUGCGAAAGUGACUCCGUCAAGACGUUUGGAUUCCUUCACACCGCUUUUUUUUGUUUGUUUACGACCCAACUUGGUGUGGGAUUUUAGUGGCCAUUUUGUUCCCCUUUAAAGUUGUUAGACAGAAGAAAUACAGCAUCAUUUGAUUACAUGGUAUGCACCUUCCGGGACGAGAGGACAGGGGACCACGUGUUUGGACUCGAGUUUCAUACUCCCAAGAGUGAGAUUUUUGAAUAUUAAUAAGGAUUGGAAAGUGCAUUGCGAGGGCGACCGGGAGGAAAAAGUAUUGGACGGGGAGACGGAGGACCCCCCCGCCGCCGCCCCCAGCAGUUGUUCAAACUGUGCGUGAUUUGACUUAUGGAUGUCGAGACAUUCCUCCAGACCUCCUGAGGAAUAAGCAACGAAGCAAGUCCAAGAUUCUGGGCCCCGUUACACAACCGACGGCGUCUCGAGAUUUAAAGUGCGUGGAGUCGAGGUUGCGGGAAAGAGGAGAUUUUGGAAAGCACGGGAGGGGGGGCCUCUCCCGCUCUUGUAGCCUUCUCCCUGCCCCCCCCAGCUCAGCAUGCCCCAGCCCCUGAGCACCUCCACAGCUCCUCCAGCUCCACUACCAUGUGUAGAUGGACAGUGACACAAGGUGCACCGGUCGCCUGGCUCUCCUCCCGCCCCCGACACCGCCGCCACGCAACCCCGCCGCGCCUCCUCGCCACCCUCGUCUUCAUCCUUUUGCUCCUCCUGCUCGGACCGUCCUCAUCCUCGUCUUCUCCCGCGCCGCCGAGUUUGAACCAAAGCCAUCAUCAUGCCGGAGGAGGGAGCCCGCCUCGCCCCUCCGUCUCGCGGGAAUCAUCCGCGUCAUGGUCCUCACCGGCGCCUCUGCGCGCCUCCUCGGCCAGGUUGCCACGGGCGACCAACCUGUCAUCGCCGUCUCCCGCCGCCGUGGUGGGGCGCCACGUGCGCAGCAGCUACAACCACCUGCAGGGAGACGUGCGGCGACGGAAACUGUUCUCCUACCAGAAGUUUUUCCUCCGCAUUGACAAGAAAGGGAAAGUCAACGGCACCAAAAGCGAGGACGACCCUUACAGUAUUCUGGAGAUCAAGUCGGUGGACGUGGGAGUUGUGGCCAUCAGGGGCCUCAGCAGUAACUAUUAUCUGGCCAUCAGCAAGAAGGGAGAGCUGUACGGCGCGAGGGACUUCGGGCCAGACUGUCGCCUGAUCGAGCGCAUCGAGGAGAACAAGUACAACACGUACGCUUCGGCGGAGUGGCGCAACAAGAGAAAGCACAUGUUUGUGGGACUCAACGCCAACGGUAAAGCCGUGAGGGGCAAGAAGACCAGGAGGAAAAACACAACCACUCACUUCUUGCCCAUUGUGGUGCAUCCCCGGUGACGAGACAGUCAGAGGAAAAUACAAUCUGCAGACUGCCGGCUGAGCAUCUCGGGACGGACUUUGUUUGGAAAGAGACCGAAAGGCGACUUGGCAUCCGCAGGAGCAACAAGGGGGGGGAGGAAACCUAAAAGACAUUUCGCAUCUGUCGGAUGAGGACAUUUCUAUUUUUUAAAGAAAGAUAUAUUGCUAUACAAUGUAUAUAAUAUUUUGGGGGUCUAACUUAUAAAAGCACGCUGGCGCCGUAGGAAAUAUGGGAAUAAUAAAAAAUGUGUGAUCAGCAACAGAAAAAAAAAGAGGUGCAAAGCGGAAAGGGGGCGGUUGAAAGAGUAGCAAACCAAACAAUUCAAACUCUCUCAAAAGCUUUCUUUGAAUUUAUUUAUUUGGUGUCAUAUUUAACAGAAAGAACAAAUACACGCUAAAAAGACAAUUGAAUGUCUUUUCGUUGUAAACCAUUUAUGCCUUUUUUUCUUUUCUUUUUGAAUACUACUCAAUUUAAACCUGAAUAAAUAUAUAAAUAUAUUUGUCCUUAA